CCCAGACUGAUAAUCAUGAAAACCAGACCAACAGGAUUUUUCCAAAUGAGUUCUUCACUGCUGUCAGCGCUGGAGAAGGAAGCAUGGAAAGGGGGAAGGGAACUGUGAACAGAAAAAGGGAAGGGGUGUGAAGAUGUAACUUUUUAUCACCAGGGCUGUUUCUCUCCUUUAGGUGACAGUGCAGCAGGGACAUUCCUCUGAGAAGAGAAGAUAUGGUGAGUAAAGAGGUAGUAGGUGGGAAGGAGUGCCUCACUGACUGAAGGAGGAGCCUGAAGAGAAGAGAGUCAGCCAAAGGGAGGGGCACAGACAGGCUUGGUAGCUGUGUUUUGCCUGUGUUUUGCAUAGACACUCAGCUUUUUCACUUUUCACUCCCUUUUGGUGUCUUUCUCGGGUUCAUUUCUUGUGGAUUGUGUCUGAACUGACACCAUGGAUAACUUCCAGACUGUCCUACGUUUCUUCAUGAAUCAGAAAGCCACCAUUGGCUACAGCUUCAUGGCUUUGCUGACUAUAGGCGGGGAGCGAGUCUUCUCCAUGGUCUCCUUUCAGUGCCCCUGCAACCACGACCAGAACUUUGCCUAUGGGCUGACUUUCUUGUUGGGCCCUGCUGCAGUGCUACUGGUCCUUGGUCUGUUCUUCAGCACCAGGUUGUGGAGGCUCUACACCGGCUGCUGCCUCAAUCCCAUGAAGCUUUGCCCCCGUGGGAACUGCUUCAGCUGCCUCAGGGUGUUUUUGAGCAUCUUCACUGGGGCUUGUGUGGCUCCUAUAAUGUGGCUUUCUGUGGCCCUGCUCAAUGGGACCUUUUAUGAGUGUGCUGUCAGUGGUCUCAAUGAUAACGUAGUGGUGGAUCUGUUCUGUAAAAACAAGACCAUGACAUGUCGGGAGGAGUUGGCCCGAGUGCCGUGUGACAGAUCCAAAUUGUCCAGUGCUGAGCGCAUGGAGCUGCUGCUGAUGCUCAGAGCCCAGUCACAGAUCCUGGGUUGGUGUGUCAUCAUUAUCUCUGCCAUCACGGGCCUCCUGGGUACCUGCUACAAAAACUGUCGCUCCAAAGUCAGCUACCUGCAGCUCACAUUCUGGAAACGUUAUAUUGAGAAAGAGAAGGAGCGCUUUGACACCUUCGCUGUGGAUUAUGCCACCAAGCUGGCUGAGAGAAACCUGCAAAGCUUCUUUGAGAAUAAGAACCCUGAUCAAUUCCCUUUCCCUAACCACAAGGCAUGGGAGGAGAUCUCUGCACACUACACCUUCUCCAGCAGCGAACAGUAUUACAGCACUCUGCAGCGGUAUGUGGAGAGGGCAGACAGGGAUUCCACACCAGAGAAGAGUCCUGUCCUGGAAAUGGACUAUGGAAUAGAGAUGAGCUAGAGGAAGAGAGUGUGGUCUCCUUAUCAUUUUUGGUGAAUAAAAUACAGAUACUGAAGGCACAUGCAAACAGAAGUGAAACUGUUACUCAACACUUUUGGCAUGGCCUAUUGGAUGUGCAUGUUUGAGGAAAAGCUGUCUCAGACUGCCUCUUCACUGACAAAGUUACCCUCAGUAUGUUACUCCAAAGAAUGUGGUAGUUACCAACCUACAAUGGUACAACCUCCUUUAAGCAUGUGAACCAGUCAAGGGCAUAACCACUAUUUUAUACAGACUAACUCUCUCUCCCUAUGUAAUACUGGAUGCAUUUGCAGUCUUCUAUUACUAACAUGAUGCUUGAAAUUUUGUCUUACAUUAGAUUUGCAAACAAAUUUAAAGUAACUUUAAGAAACUGCAGUCAGGGUCAUAGCUAUGACUGGGAACACUGAGGUCAUGUCCUCGUUAUAAUUUCUGAGAACUCAGGACAGUGAUGGUUCUAGCUCAUUUAAACCACAGAGGCCAGUCUGUUUUAGAGGGUCCACUUAAAUCAACUCUGAAAUUAAGUUCUGAUUUUAACAGUGGACUAGUUCAAAUGCCAAGUCAGACAGGUCAUCAAAAUAAGUACUGUAGUGUACAGCAGGACAGUGUGUCAUUCUACUAACAAAGUUAGCUUCUCAAUUACUCAGGCUCAGCCAACAGCUUCAGUGUGCAGACAAACAGCCAACAAUAUAUAACACUAUCUCUUUGCUGUGUUCUUGUUAAGGAGUUGUGUACACAUAGACAGCCACAGACCAACAGGCAGAGAGAGAGAAUAAGAUAAGAACUUUAUUAAUCCCAAAGGAAAUUGUUGUGCCAGACAUAGCUCCAAUAAGCAGUAAAAAAAAACAAAAAAAACACAAAGCCUUAUGAAACAAUAAGAAUAGAAUAAAAUAGGAUAAAUAAAAUAUAUCCACCAGUAUAUACACACUAUAUAACAGCAGAUUUAACAUUGUCAGUGGAAUAGUAAUAUUGCACGUCAUGACAGUAACAGUGGUGUAGUUAGCUAAUGUUCUUCCUGCAGAAGGGGGAGGAGUUAUAGAGUUUGAUGGCCACAGGAAGGAAAGACUUCUGGUGGUGUUCUGUGGUGCUCUUGCAGGUCUCCUUCUAUCAUCUGGUCAGUCUUUUUUCCAUGACUAGUGAUUGUUCUCAUAUCACCACACCUUCCUCAAGUUGUUUUGCUGUAGUUUGCUCUCCAGCUUCCCCCGUAACAGUCCUUGCCCUCGGUGAUCAUAUCCUCAGUUCUCCCUGCACCUUCUUCAUCUCUGCCUUGUCUCUGCUCCUGAAGGCAGCUUUCUUUCAUGCUCAGUGUUAUUUUAACCCAGGGUUUGUUAUUGGGAAACAGUGCACAGUCUUGGUGGGGAUAGCAGAAGUUAACAUAGUCUGUGAUGCAGUCUGUGAGUCCAGAAUGUGUAUCUGACUCAUAUUAUUUCACAUCAAACCAUUGUCCUUUCUUUCGUGGGGAUGAAGUAUCCAUAAUUCCCCACUGCUGUGAUUUAUGAGUUAAUAUCAUACAGUACAAUACUGACAAACACUACCUCUCAGCGACAUGACAGGAACCACGUAAAACUGGACUCAUUUUAAGCCAAAAAAAUUAAUAAAAUAUUCAGUAUAUCUCCUCCUGAGCUUCUGGCAGCAUGCACAAGUCUUUGAAACAGCAGUUAGACCAUCAUGUUGGGAAAAGACAUGCAGAAAAAUCAAAGAAUAAUAAAGUGAACAAAUGAAAUAUGAAAAAUCUUCAUUUUAUUUCUAAAUUUACUGUUCUUGGACCUUACUUUUAUGAAAAAUCCUGGCUGCAACCCUGGUCGCAUUUUUGAUGAAUAAUCAAUCUAAAAACUGACAAAGUAUGAAAUGUCAACAAUAAAGUGUAAUUCUACAUCAA